UUCGCAUUGUCAGCCUUCGCAGCCAGACCAUACAUCGCCAUGCAUAGUCAGUGGCGCAUACUCUUCCUGCUCCUGGCGAGCAUCGCCAAUGCUGCCCGCCUGACCGUGUCGAUCCCAGCAUCACCACCUUUACUCGCCAAUCCGGCAACGCUACCGUCUUCUACCCACGCGGUCUUGAUCGGCCCAGCAGGAGUGCACUAUGAUGUGCCAAUAAGGAAAGACAGCACAUUCGCCUUUGGAGACCUUGCAGAAGCAAGCUAUUUACUCACCAUCUACAGCCGCGACUACUUCUUCCCGUCUCUACGAGUUGACGUGGGCGCAGCCGCGGAUGGCUCGCAGCAUCAGACGAUCCAGGCCUGGCAGACGUUCAGAGGCAACGAGUGGAACAACAAAGGUCCAGCGUAUGGACAAGGUCGGGAUGAGUUGAAAGUGCAAGUUCAACCAACUAGCAAGAAGGACUUUUACCAAAGCAGAGGGGGCUUCGACAUACUGGGCUUCCUGAAGAAUCCGAUGAUCCUGAUGGGGUUGGUGUCGGUGGUGUUCAUCUUCGGUUUGCCGAAGCUGAUGGAUAUGCUGGACCCGGAGAUGAAAGCAGAGAUCGAAGAGAUGCAACGUGGCAAACGUGCCGCGCCUGCUGAGCUCCAGAGCGAGAGGGAUCGAGCAACAAGUGAGGCUGUCAAUGCGGUACAAAACUUCGACAUUGCGAGCUGGCUUGCUGGACGAAGUAGCGGCGGCGGUGGUUCGAAAUAAUCGAAACACAACAUCCUAUCGAGCGAGGCUACUAUGUGCAGUGCCACUGUGCGACUUUGUCAAGCGUGCUGCUACGUCGCGAUAGACUUUGCUGCCCUCAAAGGUAAGUAAGCUUUCCCAAAUGCCUGUUCACGGUGUUCACGCGACAAAAAGGCAUCAGACAGUAUGCGCGAGUCAGUGCCUUACGCCGUUCCGGUACUCGGCAUCCUCCUUCUCCUCAAGUGCCUUCUUCGCAG